UGAGGAUUUAGUAUACAUAUAUCGCGUCAACAGCGAAGCUUUCCAAGAACCAACCACUAUAAUUUAGAGCGCUAAACGUUCAAUUGUGGAAUAUAUCUCACUUUUUUUAACGCGAACAACAAAACACGAAGAUUAACCAUGUCUGCUGAAAAGAAGCCCGCAUCCAAAGCCCCCGCCGGUAAGGCUCCCAGAGACACUAUGAAGUCUGCCGACAAGAAGCGUGGUAAAAACAGAAAGGAAACCUAUUCUUCUUAUAUUUACAAGGUUUUGAAGCAAGUCCACCCCGAUACUGGUAUUUCCAACCAAGCCAUGCGUAUUUUGAACUCUUUCGUCAAUGACAUCUUUGAGCGCAUUGCCACUGAAGCCUCUAAGCUUGCCGCUUACAACAAGAAGUCUACUAUCUCCUCUCGUGAAAUUCAAACCGCUGUCCGUUUGAUCCUUCCUGGUGAAUUGGCCAAGCAUGCUGUUACUGAGGGUACUAAGUCCGUCACCAAGUACUCUUCUUCUGCUCAAUAAAUGCGUUCAGUUUGAAACUAGCAAAUUGAAAAAUUUGUUGGGUAGAUAAAUUCGCAACUCUGCGGUUUCUAAUUAUGUUACUACGUGUUUACAAAACACGUUCUUUGGUUUACGGUUUGCCUUGAAAAGUUAUCUUGGUUUUGAAUGGGUUUAUGAUUGGAUAAACAUGGCAGGUUCGUGUGGAAGCCCAUAGAACAAAUUAUAUUCAUUCAACGCUGCAUAAUUACAAGACGCUUGCAAGGAUUAUUAAUUUCCCCGUUCUGCUUUUUCCCUUUCUGCAUUUCCUUUUUAUUAUUUUUUUAGCUACGUUACCACUGGUUGGAAAGAUGAGUAUUUGUUUCUACUGUUUGUCAUUUCUUGUAUAUAACCUAAAGCACAGAUGAACUUUGCAGCUAGGUUUCUUAUUUUAAUUCCCUUUUACUUCACUAGUUGAUGAUCCCUUCCUACCUUGGUUUAUGUUUGCAUGAUUUUGUUGUGCUGUGAGUCAUCAAUGGGCUGGGUACUACGGUAUUUGCUUGCAAAUGCUUUUAUAUGCUGAAAGAUUGUAAAGUAAUAAUAUAUUAAUUUGUUUAUGAAAAGCUCAUUUCCGGAAA